GCUUCAGCAAAUGUCGGAAACGGACAUCAAAGUGAGCGGGGUUUAGAUAGAUAUCUCGAAAGUCGAAAAAAUUUAAAUUGAUAGUUUUGAAUUUUCUGGUGCAUGAGGUGCUGUGAACCACCGAGAUGGAGCGACUAAGUUGGACGAAAAGUGCAAUAAUAAUUCCGAUAGGAUUUUUUCUAGUUUUAUGUAAUGCUCAGCAAGACGAAUACCCAUAUCCAAUCCAAAACAACCUCCUCUACAACCGAUUGGACUUAGAACAAAAAGGAAACAGUCUUCAGUGUUAUGAUUGCAAUUCGGAGUUCGAUCCUAGAUGCGGAGAUCCUUUUAAUCCUUACACAAUCGGCAUCAUCAACUGCAGCGACAGGGCGACACCCGAACACCUGGUUGAUCCGUUUGAUCCUGAUCAGAAGCUGAAACCGACACUUUGCAGGAAAAUGGUGCAGAAAGUUCAAGGUAAAACUCGUGUCAUCCGGACUUGCGGCUACAUACAAGACAAGCACGACGACAAGAACUGCUUCAGAAGAACAGGAACGAAAGACGUCGAAAUUUUCUACUGCUCCUGCACACGUUCGUUGUGCAAUGACGGCAACACUGUCAAACGUCCAGCUCGGAUCGUAAUAGCGUUAUUUACUAUUUUAGUUGUUAAACAACUUAUUGGAGGACUGUCAGCGUAAAGUAAAGCUGAAUAUUAGAUGUAAAAAAAGGAUGGGGUUUGUGUACAACUUUUAAAAAGGUACUUUUUAAGGUCUAAAGGAGGGUUAAUGCAGAUUAAUAGCAUUUAUGAGAUAUUCAAAAAUCGUCUAAUGGUAUUAAUAUGUUAAAUGAUGCUUUUACACACACAGUGCUUUACAAUAUUUUACGUAUGACCAUACUUAAUAAAAAAAAUCUGUAUAAUUUUUGACAUUGUUGGAAAUUGUAAAUCGGAAUCAAUAUUUUUGACUAUUGCUUGUAUAGUCAGUUAAUAAGUCUUCUGAAUAUAUGACCAGACAAACUUGAGUUUUCAGCGAAUUCAAAGAAAUAUUAAACUACUUUGAACAAAUUUAUAGAAUG